AUGUCCUGUGGCUUUCAGGUGUUCACAACCAGCAUUGGAGUGAGUGCAUUCACAGGACACUUUCUUGUACUGGUCUAUUUUUAUUUACUCUUCUAGGUGGAAAUGGGCAUGAAGAACCAUGAAAUAGUUCCUGCUAGCUUAAUUGCUUCCAUUGCCAGCCUUAAACACGGUGGCUGUAAUAAAAUUUUGAGAGAGUUGGUGAAGCACAAACUUCUAGCUUAUGAACGAACUAAAACUGUCCAGGGUUAUCGGUUAACUAAUGCAGGAUAUGAUUACCUUGCUUUGAAAACUCUGUCUUCCCGACAAGUCAUAAAUUCAGUUGGAAACCAGAUGGGUGUUGGCAAAGAAUCAGAUAUUUAUAUUGUUGCAAAUGAAGAGGAACAACAGUUUGCAUUGAAACUACAUAGGCUUGGAAGAACAUCCUUUCGCAGUCUGAAAAAUAAACGUGACUACCACAAGCACAGACAUAAAAUGUCAUGGCUGUAUUUAUCCCGGCUAGCAGCAAUGAAGGAGUUUGCCUAUAUGAAGGCUUUGCAUGACAGAAAAUUUCCUGUUCCAAAACCUGUAGACUACAACAGGCAUGCAGUUGUUAUGGAACUUAUUGAUGGCUAUCCUUUGUGCCAGGUGCGCCAAAUCGAAGAUCCUGCCUCCGUCUACAGUGAAUUAAUGGAUCUGAUUGUAAAACUUGCUAAUCAUGGUUUAAUUCAUGGUGAUUUCAAUGAAUUUAAUCUCAUAUUGGAUAACGAUGACCAUGUCACUAUGAUUGAUUUCCCUCAGAUGAUAUCAACAUCACAUGCAAAUGCUGAAUGGUAUUUUGACAGAGAUGUUAACUGUAUAAAGGAGUUCUUUAAGAAACGCUUCAACUACGAGAGUGAGCUCUUCCCAGCAUUCAAAGACGUCAGGAAGGAGUGUUCUCUUGAUAGGGAGAUUGCUGCCAGCGGCUAUACAAAAGAAAUGCAGGCAGAUGGUGAACUGCUUUACCCACCAGGUUCUGAUGAGGAUGAUAAUACAACAGAGGUAUCAGAAUUUGUAGAAGAUGCUGAAAAUAAUCUCAACUUCUUCAGCAAGGAUAAAGAAAUGAAUGCAGACAUCAUGUAUGAAGUGGGUGACUUCUCUGAAAGCAGAACCUCUGACAACUUUAUGUAUAGCGAUGAAGAGGCUGAUGCAACUGAAAGUAGUGAAAAUACACAACGGCUAAAUAUGUCAAAGUUGAGUUCAGCCUUAGAAAAAGUUGAAGGGGAAGCUAUGGUUUGGAAGACCGACGAAGAUGCAGAGAGUCCUGCAGUUAUUUUUUUUAAGGGCAAAAGCAUAACUGAAAAUGCUGCUGAAGUUGAAAAUCAGACAGGUCAAGGAGGGUGCUCUAAUGAUAAAGAGAAUGAAGACAAAUGUCCUGAUCUGGUUGACUUGUCAACUUUAAACGAAAACGUCAGCCAUUACAGAAAUGAAGAGGAUAUCGUUCAUAUCGCUGAGCACAGAACAAGGACUAAAAGUAUCACAUCAGUCAGAAGUGUUGGGAGCUGUUCAACCAUUCCAGCGGAAUUGGUGAAACAGAAGAUAAAGCGUCAAUUGACCAAAAAUCAAAAGUCUGCUCUGAGGCGACGGCUGCAAAAAGGAGAGGCAAAUAUCUAUACCAAACAACGUCGAGAAAAUAUGCACAACAUUAAGUCAAGCUUGGAUGCAGCUAGUUUCUGGGGAUAA